AUGUUCACGAAGCUGUCCAAGAUCCAAAGCGGAUCGUUUAGCACCGUGUAUCGAGCGUAUGACUCGGUUUCGCAGCAGGAUGUGGCCCUCAAGAUCGUGGAAAAACCAUCAGACCCGGAUAUGGCUACAAAACUGGCCAAGCUUGUUGCAGGCGAAUACGAUAUUCUCAUGGAACUCGGCAACGAUCAUCCCAACGUUUGUGCGCUUUUAGAUUUUUACGAACGCGAAACUUGCUACGUCUUUGUCAUGGAGUUCGCAGCCCACGGCGACCUUUACGAAGUUAUUCGGCGUUGGAAAACCCAGAUCGAGUCCCGAUUUCAGGUUAAUAUCGCUCGGUUGGUCCCACAACUCUGUUCCGCUAUAGAGUACGCCCACUCACGAGGUAUUGCUCAUCGCGAUAUCAAGCCAGAAAACGUGCUACUAGAUAUCCACGGCAAUGUCAAACUCGCAGAUUGGGGUCUCAGUUGUCGAGAACGUGUUUCCCAAGACCGUCGUGUGGGCACCGAAAAAUAUCUUGCCCCCGAGGCCUAUAGUGGUCUUUAUGACACAUUUUUAGCCGACUACUGGUCGUUAGGGAUAACGCUACUGUUUCUACUCUUCGGUGCGUGUCCCUUCAAGAGUGCUCAAUUAUCAGACAACCCCAAAAAUGCCAAUUUCGCGCAUUUUGUAGCCGAUCCUAAACAAUUCAUGUUGGAAUACUAUCUCAAGCCUUUGCACGCUGGUCGUGGCAUUGUGCCCAUGAGUGUCCGCACACCUAAGGGAGACGUUACCUACCUCGAUGGUCCGACUGGAUGGCUAAGUCUUCCUGAAGUCGGUCAUCCGGUUCUGAACCGAAACCAGCUUUUGGCGUUACUGGCAACCUGUAUUGUUACCAAUCUGCUUGUGGUAUCGCCAGCUGCUCGAAGCAUGCGAUCUUUUCUGAUACAACUCAGCACUUUGCUGUUCUCUUCAAGAGCAUACUCGUCUCCUCAGGACAUUGGAAACGAGGCGGCCAUGUCAGAGCCGCUUCCUUCUGAUGAUGUUUACUCCAAGUUCCAGUCCCCCGGUCCGGUAGCGGAUGCAGGCGCAGAAGCAGAUGCAAAUGCGGCGGGGAGUUCCAAGAUGAGCCAACAAAAUCAGAAAAUUUAUUCUGGAAGUGUCAGCUCAGGAUCUACCAAUGUGGACAGUUUGAGUUCUGAGGACAGCAGAUCGCCCAACUACAACGGGCAGUUGCAAAAUGCGCCCGAGUUCAAGAAAACGAGCUCUGAAGACUAUCUUUCGAAUGAACUUGAAUGUCAAACGGGAGUGCGUCAGUGCUAG